UUAUGUCCCUUUAGUCUCCAACAGACAGGCAAAGUUCAAUAUCUAAUAAUAUAAAUACCAAAAUAGAGCCAAGAUUUCAUCAGUUGGGCCGGAUUAUAAUCUGUGCAUCAAUUAUAAGUUAAUUCAUAUAUUGUGAUAUCAGUAGGCCUAUUAUAUAGCCGAAGGUGUAAACUCACAUGAUAUGUCUACCAGAGGAGAUUUAUUAAUAUAAGGCUAGGGUUGCCUGUCUACCCUCGUGGGUUUUCUCUGGGUUUUCCGGUUUCCUCCCCAGUGCUAAAGACCCCUACACGCAAGUAAAUUAUAGAAAUAAAAUUGAACCAUACGUUAGUCCCAAAAUGACCUAGUUUGUGUCGAGUGGACGUUAAACUCCAUUUCUCUCUCUUUCUCUAUAUCUAUGUCAUGAUGUGAUCAAAUUAAUAUAGCCUAGCCAAUUUAAUGCCAGCCAGAGAAAUAAAGUGAAAUGGGUUUAACAUUAUUUGGACUGACAAAGGCGAACAUACGCAAUGUAGUGGGCUAAAGUGCAACUGUUGAGGGUUCUUUAUGGUAUGGCCAUACGCACCAUGAAGGCCUAGACAGUAAGCUACAUGUCACGAUGUGACCUCAGUAGUUGUUUUUUGCCAGGACAUUAGUUAUGAAAUAUGUCAAACAGAUAGCAGUCUAAUAUCACUCAAAGAUUAAGUAAAUUAUGUAGGUGUUCUACCUAUUACUGGUCCAUUAUGAGAUUUUUCUCAUCAGGAGUGGACUCGCUGUCAUCGUUUCGAAUUUGGUUGAAUUUGUUCACACUGCAUUUGUUACAGAUUGUUUGUAGAUAUGUUGACUAAAACAAGAUAAUUUUUGACACAUUUUAAUCAAUGGGUUUGACCGAUGACACAGUGUAAAUAUCUAUUAGACUUGAUAUAUUGACCAGUGGUGACCUAUAUCUUAUCUGUUAUGGUAGCAAUGGUAUGUAGGCCAAGAUAUAGUGUCUGAUUAUAUUAUCUUCUGAUAUAAACAUAAACCCACAUUUACAAAUAAAGGACAGGUAAAAGGCAAGACUUACUGUAAGAACAAGUAAAGGACAGGUAUAGGAGACACAUACUGUAAGGACAGGUAAAGGUGAGACUUACUGUAAGGACAGGUAAAGGUGAGACAUAUUGUAAGGACAAGAAAAGAAAUUUACACAGGUAAAGAUUAAAAUGUGGCAGUAUAUAAUAUAUUCAUCCUCAGCUGUUCUGGUAUCCAUGGUAACAGGAGCUGUUGCCCUGUUUUUUAUCAGCCCGAAACAUCUCCUCUACUGGUUCAUGAGAUUAGAUGCCAAGAGAAGUGGUAUGAAUGUGAAAUAUAUUAAAAAUAAAGAUUUUACAUAUUGUUAUGCUGAACGAGGAAUAAAACAGAAAAAUAAAUUAACAAUAUUAGCUGUACAUGGUUUCACUGGAUCAAAAGAUCAAUAUUUACAGUUCUUUAAGAAACUUCCAUCAGAUGUUCAUCUAAUAGCCGUUGAUUUACCUGGUCACGGUCUGACAUCUACUCCAAGAGAAGGAGAGAAACUGGGAAUAGAAUAUCUGGUACAGCAUGUUCACAAGUUUGUUAAAUUAAUGAAGUUAGAUAAAGAACCGUUUCAUUUAGUGGGAGCAUCAUUGGGUGGUGCUAUAGUUGGUUUAUAUACAGCAGAAUAUCCUGAAACUGUGGCAUCGUUGUCUUUAAUAUGUCCUGCAAUGAAGACCCCACAACACAGUGUAUUUACUAAAACUAUAGAAAAAUGUAUUUUAAAUGGAAUUGAAAAAACUGAAAUGAAAGAUUGUCCGUUAAUACCUGAGACUCCAGCCGCUGCACAGAAUAUGUUAGAUAUUUGUCUUUAUAAUAAACAAAAUAUCAAUACACAGAUUCUUAAAGGAGUGGUUGAUUUGAGAAAACCUAAAAACCCUUUUUUUCUUCAAUUAUUCAAAGCUCUGGCUUCAGAACAUUCAACAACUUUACUGGAGGAGAAAGCCAGAAAAAUAACAGUACCAACACAGAUAGUGUGGGGCAAGCACGAUGAGAUCAUAGAUGUAAGUGGUGUUGAUGUUUUGAAGGAAUUAUUACCAAAUUGUCUACAAAUUCCUAGUGCUAAAACGGAAAAUGUGACCUUUUGAUCUUUGGGGUCACAAAGAACAAAGGUGAAAUUAGCAAGUUUACAUUUUUUUUUAUUGAAAGUGUGAUUACUUUCGAUCAUUUUCAGCUUAUUUUCAUGAUACAAGAAUGGCCGCGCAUUCACUUUCAGUGCAAAAGAACCCAUUUGAUCUUUGACCCCAAAUAUAUCUAAAACACCCCAAACGGCGGACUGAUUACCACUCGGCAUCAUAUUCUAUGCAAAAUUUUAUUCUAGAAAAGUUGGGCCUGGUUUUGUGCCCAUUUGAUGCCCCCCCCCCCCCCACACGCGCUGAGCCUCCAUACUAAAUAAAUAUAUAACAUAAUUUGUUACUAUUUCUAAUUUACCAACUAGAACAUAGAAAUAUAUUACUCUAAGCUAACCGUAGUCUUGUACUUAUUGGUAUAUUAUUACUUUAUUAUUGUUUCUAAUCUAUCACGUAGAUUACUUUAUCAUUUGUUAUUCGUAUCACAUUUUAUAAUCUGUUACUCUGUCUAAUUUAUCACAUAAAUUACUUUAUCAUUGGUUAUUUGUAUAUCGAUAUCACAUUUUAUAAUCUGUUACUCUGUCUAAUUUAUCACAUAAAUUACUUUAUCAUUGGUUAUUUGUA